CUGCCAAGGAGCCAUCUAUUCGAAAGGCGAAAGCUAUAUCGUAUUUAAAAUUAACAUUGUGACUAUCAUAUUUAAUAUCUAAAAUAAUCUUGUUACUUGUGGUUAAACGAAGCCCUAAGGAGUUAUUCCUCCUUCAAUAUGGCCACUCUGCAAGCAGUCAAAUUGGACCAAGCCCAGAAACAAAGUGCCAUCACUCUCCAGGGUUCUGCUGCUCUUGUCGGGGAUUAUCUUUAUUGUGCUAUCAACUCGAUUCUCUACAUGCGUGGUGUGUACCCGACGGAAAUGUUCGAAAGUGUGCCGAAGUAUGGAAUGAGUAUAUUCGACGCCAAGGAUGAAGAGCUAAAAUCCUACCUUGAAAAAGUCAUGAAAUGGACCAAAGAUUGGAUGAUGGAGGAAAGUGUCACCGCGAUUGUUCUGGUUAUUAUUAACCCCAUCACGAAAGACAUCGUUGAACGUUGGCAGUUCAAGAUUAUGUGCGAUCAGCAACAUGCAGAAGAAAAGACAGAAAAAUCCGUUAGUGGAGCAAAGCCCGCGCCAACAAUGGAGGAAAUCCGACGCCAGAUCGGAUCCGUUUUAAAGCAGAUUGUCGCCAGUGUUUCCAUUCUUCCGGCUACCCCCCUGGAUGCGAUGAACACCUUUAAUAUCCUGGUCUACACGAAGGACAACCUGGAUGUGCCGGCUGAUUGGCAGGAGUCCAAUCCCCACUUCAUUCGCAAUGCUCAACAGCUGCAUUUCCGAAAAAUUCAUACGUCCGUUCACGAAGUGGACACUUGUGUUACGUACCGUUCUGAGUGAUCCGAUUUUUACGGCGGUAUUAAUUCUGAGUAGUGAGUGAGUAGUGGGAUAUAUCGAGAUAUAGUGGGGUAUUGUAGUUUAGUUUUUUUACAGUGGCUGGAUGAACUGAUGGCAUGUGUUAUUUGUCGGUUUACUGUUUACGUAUUGGGUUUAAUUUAUUUGUGCUGAAGUUAAGCAAUGAAGUAUAAACGGAUGAUACUAGAGAUACGUGAUAUUGGAUACGAUAAAUUUUGUGUC